ACUUCUUCUGACGUGCUAAUUAUUAACCUGCAUAACUUUGGCGGGAAAGGUUGACAAUCGCAAUGUCCAAUGGUGUAAACAGCAUAGAUAAUGCACCUAGCACAGACGAAAGCCCAGCAGAAGAAAAUCCAACUGAAACUCUAGUUUUACAAUGUUCACAAUGCAGUUCAAUUGUUGGGGAUACAACCGCUUGGGCUUUUGCUGAUGAUGUAUUGAGGACUGUCAGUUUGAAAAAUGCAUCUGAAAAAGUUUUAAUAACAGAAGUCCUGGAAACAUCAAAGAAUGGCACAGAUUUUGGCAGUGCCUUUAAUGUGCUGAAGUGUGAAGUAUGUAAUGAAGAGAUCGGUCGAAUGUACCGGACAACACCAACUCAGCUGGAUCAUUUACGUGGACUCUUCUCUCUAUUUAUAGAUAAACUUUCAAGUUACCAAGUUGGUUCUUGUUCACAGAACUGUCAGGCUCUGAACUUAGAUGACACAUUAUCUUUUGGAGAACUAAAAGAAAUGCAUACCAAAUUAGAUAAGAUAAAGCAUGUCCUGGUAACUGUGGAUGGUAGGCUGAAACACAUAGAGACAUUCCUUGAGGAGUAUGACGACCAGCCAGAAAGUGUCGCUGAUGACAGUCACAAUAUAAAUCCUACGGAAGUGCCCAGGAAAGAAGGCAGUUUUCACGCAUUUGUACCACCACAGCAACCAGAAGCAGUUAGAAGACCAGAAACAAUGUCCAGGGAAAUGUACAAUAAUGGUGUGACUUCAGAAAAUAGUGUUCAGUCAUACAAUGCCGGUAUGCCUUCAUCAAAGGGUGCUCAGAAAAGACCGGCUUUUAGGAAAUUUGAGGACGGGAAUAGUAGUGUUUAUUCUAGAAGUGAGGAUCUUGGUCAGGAGACCAAUGAUGGACUUCAAUCAAGCUACAGAACAAGUCAGUCAUACAUGGAUACACUUAAAAGGAAGAAACAGUCUGAUCCAAGGGCAGAUAAUUCAACUUACAAAAAUAAAAGAAGCAAAUAUUAAUUCUGAUACAGUGACUAUAUUUUUAAGUGUUAGAAUGUCUUUGAUUUUAUAUUUUUCCAUUGUAUUUUGAUUACAAUCUACAAGAAAUGCUGUGGUGAUGAAACAUUCCUAUUAAUGAAACUGAUAAGUGACAUUGUACAUUUUACUUUCUGUAUCCUGGGAUAUAAUACACCUAAUCGCUAUUUAUUCCAUUCCGGAUAAGUUCUAAAAUUACACAGCUUUUUCAUCCAGUUGAAGCUAUCUGGGUCCCUGUUUAAACAAUUCACCAUGCAUGAUACUUUUUAAUGAGACCUGUUUAAACUACCGUAAAUACUUCAAACAAAAUAUUUUUUUUACUUCAAUUUUAAUUUUGUAAAAAGUGGAUCAUACUAUAUCAAAGUUUCUUGAUGAUCACUUUCUAAAGUUUUUCCUCCCUCAGCUCACUGCUGAUGACCUCAAUUUUCGGUCCGUGUGACCUAAACAGGGAGUUGUAUAAAUGACUGUUUUUUCAGGAAUGGACUAAAUAGCGAUAAGGUGUAUUGGUUGUCGCAGAGAAAUGUUUUACUGUAAAUUCAGAAAAUAUUGGGUGCAUUUAU